AUGGCGUUUCAUCCAUAUCGUAGGGAGUCCCGUACCGGUUGGGGCCGAGGGAACCAGGCAGGCCAGGCCGGGCGUGGUCAAGGGAAUGCGGGGAGAGGCGGUGGUCAUAAUAGCAUGUAUCUCAUCGGGGGAGAUCCGCCGACCAAAGCACGACAAUACUACAAGUUCGUCCGACAGAACCGGGGCCAAUUGGUGGAGGAUGAGUCACCAACACAACCGAAUCCAAGCGAUUCAUCGGCCAACGAGAUCAACGCUCAUGACCCAGACCCAUUCCAUUGGUUCAUUGCGCCUCCAGGUUACGUUGCCGCUGUCCAAAACGAGGACCUGAUCCCUGAUGAGGACGACCUAAUGAUGGACGCACCGGCAGAGGGUCCUGGUCGAGAUAAUUACUAUUAUGACCCAGAAGACCGUAACACGACGCCACCGCCGCCAUACGACAGGACGGUGACGGGAGGUGAGACAAACAUGUGGACUGACAUCAAAAACUGGAUCAUGAAUAUUGCCGGAACUCCUGCCGCUCAUACCGAGAUUCCGGCCCCUUAUGCCGUCUGCAGCGCGUGUCAACUAGUCGAAAUCGACAUCAAGGGAAUUCCAAAGUCUCACAACCCAAACUAUAGCGUGGGUCUUGGGAUCGUUUUGAUCUGUGGCCAUAUUCUCUGCGCCCGCUGCUACAACGUGUGGUGCAGGGACAAGUACAACACCACUCACGGUUUCAACUGCCCCAUGUGCCGAGCAAAGCUGCAGUGCGAUUCCAGGGCCUGCAAGGACAUCUUCUACCCCUACAUCAUACCGCCGGCCCGCCAUGAGAAGCCCCCAGGCAACGGCUGGAAGGAGUUUCUGGAUUAUGUGCCGUUGACUCUGGGCGAGGGCGGCGUGAGGCCCACGCAGUGUCACAUCUGUCGAGCGACUCGCCUUGUUGUGCUGGGACGCAUCGCCAAACGAUUAUUCAACGAAAACUGCCGGAGGACCCUGACCGACCCCAGAGCCCAGUACAUGGGCGUGCCAUAUUCCGACGCGGAGAUGGCCUGGUUUCUAGAGACCACCUACGAACCCACCGAAAACAUGCUCAAGAAGCUCAAAACGCAGUUGAUUCAGGAGCAUCCCGGCUGGGGAGGACCGGUGCACCCCACAAUGCACAUCGUCUGGAAUGUGAACCCAGUGCAGGACAACUAUCUGGUUCACAAGCGGAAGGUCAAGCUUGCGUAUCGUGCCAUGGCUCAGGAGGACGGUGCUCUUGAGGAUGGUAGGCGUAUUGAAAAUUUGGGAGAGUUGGAGGAAGGGGAGCGUGUCAAACCACCGGCACGGGUGACACGAGUUCCUGUGGCAUUAAGGACUAGUGACUUGGCAAACUUGUAG